UGUAGAUUGUAUUUGUUUUGGUGAAUUACUAUUAUUAUUCUUGAAAUUGAGAAUAAACUUUAAAUAAAUUCAUCAAAACAAUAACGAUCACUACAACUAGUACUACUGCUAAUACUACUACUACUUCUACAAACAAUGAUUUAUAUUCCUGGAUUAAUUGCAAUCAUUGUAUUUUAUUUAUUGAUAUUAUUUGUUGGAUUAUGGGCUGCACGAAAAGGAAAAACAAGUGAUUCAUCUGGAACUGACACAGAAGAAGUGAUGCUGGCUGGUAGAAAUAUUGGACUGUUAGUCGGCAUAUUUACAAUGACAGCUACAUGGGUUGGUGGCGGCUACAUAAAUGGUACAGCUGAGAAUACUUACAAUCCAUCUCAAGGUCUCCUAUGGUGUCAAGCUCCAGUUGGAUAUGCUUUGAGUUUAGUUGUCGGUGGAUUAUUCUUUGCUAAUCGAAUGCGUACUUUGGGUUAUGUUACAAUGCUUGAUCCAUUUCAAAAUAAAUAUGGUGAACGUAUGUGUGGUCUGUUAUUUAUUCCAGCAUUACUUGGUGAAGUAUUCUGGACAGCAGCUAUACUAUCUGCACUCGGCGCUACAUUAGGCGUGAUAGUGGAUUUAGAUCAGAACACAUCCAUCAUUUUGUCAGCAUGUAUUGCAUUGGUCUAUACAUUAUUCGGUGGAUUAUAUUCAGUUGCAUAUACAGAUGUUGUACAAUUAUUCUGUAUAUUUUUUGGUUUGUGGAUUUCCAUACCAUUUGCCAUGGUGAAUGAAGCCACUGUGCCGAUUACACAAACAUGGGACAAAUGGAAGGGUUAUGUUGAUUCCAUGGAUGGCUUCUUCUAUGUGGACAAUUUGUUAAUGUUAAUUUUUGGCGGUAUACCUUGGCAAGUUUAUUUCCAGCGUGUACUCUCAUCAAAAACUGCAAGCCAAGCGCGUAUUUUAAGUUUUGUCGCUUCAUUUGGAUGUUUUGUUAUGGCAAUUCCUUCAGUUUUGAUUGGAGCUGUUGGAGCAAGUACAAAUUGGACAAUGACAAAUUAUAAUACAACUUCAGAAUUACCAAAUACACCAGAAGAAAUGAAAUUAAUUCUACCCUUAGUAUUACGUUAUCUCUGUCCACCAUGGGUAUCAUUUAUUGGUUUAGGUGCAGUAUCCGCUGCUGUCAUGUCCUCGGCAGAUUCAUCCGUCCUAUCGGCUGCAUCUAUGUUUGCUAGAAAUGUUGUCAAAGCGAUAUUUUGGCAAAAAGCUACUGAACGUCAAGUUAUCUGGAUUAUGCGUGUUAGUAUAUUUGUAAUUGGAGCAUUUGCAUGUUGGUUAGGCAUUAGUAUACAAUCAAUUUAUGGUUUAUGGUAUUUGUGUUCCGAUUUAGUGUAUGUGAUUUUAUUUCCACAAUUAAUUUGUGUUCUGUAUGUGCGAUUUUCAAAUACAUAUGGUUCAUUAUGCAGUUACAUUAUUGGUUUGUUUGUACGAUUAACUAGUGGUGAAAGUGUGUUAAAAUUAAGACCAUUAAUUAUUUAUCCAUAUUUUGUUGAUGACGAGCAUGAUUUUUAUCAACGUUUCCCUUGUAAAACAUUUGCUAUGUUAAUUACUUUCAUAGUUUGUGUUUGUAUUUCCUAUUUGACGGAUAUUUAUUUUCGAGCUGAUUCAACACGACUGAAAUAUGAUAUAUUUCGUUGUUAUAAAGAACGUCAGUCAAUGUCAGGUUCCAUACGUAUAGGAAAUCGUUUUAAUCGACCAUCAAUUCGAACAACACGAUUACCGCGUAAAGGUGAAAAAUUAGAAGUGAUCAGUGAUGAUGGAACAUUGGAGUUGGAGAAAAAUGAAAUGAUAACAAGCGCCAUCACUUUGACUACUACAACUUUAACAAAUUUCAACAAUUUUAACAAUUCACAUAAACCAGACGAAAUGAUUUUGACGCAUAAAACAGUGUUAAACAAAACAAACGGCACACUUGAUUGAACAAACAUUCACAUUACUGUCAAAAAAAAUUUUAAAUACUUACUUACUUCAUCAACAACAACGAAAAAACUUUCCAAUCCAUAGAUUUAAACAAGUCACUUUUGAAAUUUGAAAAAGAAAACUGAA